AUGGCCCCAUUUACGUUUACUCUGUUUGCUCCCUACAACAAACAAGCAGCAUUACUAUUGAAAAAUGCAAGUGUUCGAAUGUUUGGUGUUGAUAUUCUUAUGGAAAAAGAUGAAUCGGAUGGCUACUUUCGAGCAACUGUUGAUGUAGCAGAUGGCAUUUUUCAUUAUCAAUUCAAAGUCCAAACAAAAUCAUGGUUUGAAAAAGAACCGGAACCAGCACUACCCGACUAUGAUGACGAUGAAUUCAAAGAGCUAUCUCACGAAGAAAAACAAGAAAAAACUGAAGCUUAUACAAAAAUUAUUGAUGAAAUUCGAGAACGAAAUCGACAACGUGAACAUGAAGCAACUUUCACCGAAAUUUGGUACACUUUUGUUGAUCCCUAUGCAACUGAUGUUGAUGAGCGUGGAGCUGAUGAUGCAGAAAAAGCUGUUGGUGUGUUGAUAAUCAAAAAUGGGAAACGUAUCAUUGAUGAAUAUGAGUGGAAAUAUGAAAACUGUGUGUUACCACGUGACGAAGAACUUGUUAUAUAUGAACUACAUGUUGGUGAUUUUUCUGGUGGAGAAGAUGAUUCAAAUGCUCGUGGUACAUUUAAGAAUGUAAAAAACAAAAUUGAGUAUUUAAAAGCAUUGGGUGUUAAUGCGAUUGAACUUAUGCCAAUUAAAGAAUAUCCUGGAAAUCAUUCUUGUUAUAAUCCACGAUAUUACUUUGCUAUUGAAACUUCUUAUGGUCCAACAGCUGAUUUGAAAGAAAUGAUUGAUGAAAUGCAUAAAAAUGGUAUUCGCGUGAUUAUGGAUGGUGUGUAUAAUCAUUGCGAUUGUACUUCACCAUUGACACAAAUCGAUCAUGAUUAUUGGUAUCAUCAUAAUCCAAAAGAUAUCAACAUGUCAUGGGGACCUGAGUGGAAUUACACCUUUUAUGAUCCAAAAUAUAAUAUUUGGCCAGCUCGAAAAUUUAUCGGUGAUUCAAUUCGUUAUAUGGUAGAAGAAUUUCAUAUUGAUGGUAUUCGUUUUGAUGCAGCCCGACAAAUUCAAAAUUUUGAUUUUCUUCAUUGGGUUGUUCAAGAAGCUAAAAAAGCAGCUGGACCCAAGUCAUUUUAUUGUGUCGCAGAAUUUCUACCUGAUGAACCAUGCAUAACGAAUAUUGAUGGUCCCAUGGAUGGAUGUUGGUACGAUACUUUCUAUUGGACAGUACGUGAUCUAUUAUUAAAUGAUAAUGUUGAUUUUGAUCGAUUAAAAGCUAGUCUUGAUUGUCGACAACGCGGAUAUUUAGGUGUUACCAAUGUCGUUAAUUAUAUUGGAAAUCAUGAUCAUGAUCGAAUGCUCGUUGAAUUAGGUAAAGAACGAAAUAUUUUUGGUGAAGAAGCAUUUAGACGUGUGCGUCUUGGCGUUGUUUUACAAAUGACAAGUAUUGGUAUUCCAAUGAUUUGGAUGGGAGAAGAACUCGGAGAAUAUAAAGAAAAAACAGCAGGCGCUGCAAAAAUAGAUUGGUCCCUGAUUGCUGACCGUACAGAUAAUUCAAAUCAAUUAAAUAAAUCAUUACUAGGCUUCUAUCGUGGUAUAGUUCGUCUUCAUAAAAAUAAUAAAGCAUUUCAUACAGUGAAUCUGGACUUCAUUCAUGAAGAUUAUGAUGCUAAAGUAUUAGUUUAUCAGCGAUGGGCUGACUCUGGUGAACGUGUUGUAGUUAUUGUAAAUCUAUCUGGAAGUUUUCUUGCUCAAUAUCGUGUACCGAAUAUGCCAGCAAACGGUUGGUGGCAUGAAUGGACAUUUAAUUAUAAUGUUAAAGUCGAGAAUAACGAAGUACAUCUUGAUGUAGCUGAACAUGAAGCAAAAAUUCUUGUUUGGCUCGGUGAUGAUUGGCAACCACCUGCAACUCCGCCAGAACCAAUAAGUGAAACCUUGCCUACUGACGAAUCAAGUAGUAUCAGUCAAAAAGAAAAUCAAGUUGAUCCUUCAUCAAAUCAAACUUCUGAAUCGAAUCAACCUGAAACUCCGUCGCAGCCAUAA